AUGGACUGCAACUUGGCAGAUGAAGUGGCGGAGGCCGCAAAUAUUGCGUUUCGUGCGAGUGAAUCAGCAUUAGAUGUAUCAAAAGUGGCAUCAAUCGUGGCCAAACGAUUCUUGUUCCCAAACAUCGAUGUUGCUGCAGUUGAAGCGAAAGCAUUUAGUGAUGCAGCACGGUCAGCGGGUGAAUUUGCUCUCGAUUCUCUUGUAGCCCUGAUGAUUUCGUCCGAUAAAACUAUGAAUGAUGUGGCAAUAGGAGCAGUCCAGGCUUCUAUAAAAUCAGCGUAUGCGGCCUCCAUUGCAGCCAACGCCAUUGUCGGGAAAACUUUGGAAAAGUUGGAUACAGUCACUGACAGAAUCGCAGAAAGUUUGGAAGAUGAAGAUGGUCUCGAGAUGUUGACUGGCGAUGAAACUUUUGAUUUGGCAACGGAAGAUGAGCCAGUAUUGUCGUCAAACCAAACAGUAACUUCUGGAACAGUGUCACCGUUUGAAGCUGAACAGCAGAAGAAAGAAGUGAAGAAACAAACAGGUGUCCUGAAACUGGCUUCAAGAGUAGUCAACUCUGUUUCGAAUGUGUUCCGGUUCAAAUCCAAGAGAUUUCAAAUGUUGCGCAAAGCAAUCGAUACAUCCCCUGACCAAGGAAUGGGAUUUUUCGAGGAGUACGAGGAAUCCAGUCCAGGCACUAAAAAGAAGCUUGCCAAAACAAUCAAUUAUGAACAAGAGACACCAAUUUUGGGAGGAUCUCCAAGCACAGGAAGUUCUCCGGAAUACUCUAGCGAAGGCAGAGAGGUCUUUUCCGCCAGCUGCGCCGACAGCCAUUUUGUCAAGGAAUCGUGGGUAUAG